CUGCACCUGUACCUACCCAACUGACUAAUGAUCUACCCCUGUGCUAUUACCACGGAGACCGGGACAGGGGAACACGGACAGAGAUGUUUACGAUGGACUUUCACUCAAAAACAUGAAAACAUCUGACAGACAUGUGGGCCAGUCUGUUUCUUAUGCUUGUUUUUUGUACAGCAGCCCUCUCCUCGACCCCAAACCCCACCAAUGUCACCUUCGCCUCUGAAAAUUUUAGAAAUAUCCUGAAAUGGUCUCCAGGUUAUGGCACUCCAGCUGACACCAAGUACAGUGUGCGCUAUGCGAUUUAUGGGGACAGUUUGGAGAAGCGGGUUCACUGGAGAACUGCCCUGCACUGUACUGAGAUCUCAAGGACCUGGUGUGACCUGAGUGUGGAGACAUCUGACUUGGAACAUGGAUACUUCGCCAAAGUCCGUGCUGUGAGCCAGAAAAGACACUCAAAAUGGGUGGAGACACCCAACAGAUUUGAUCCUAAAAUUGAGACUGAAUUUGGCCCUCCACAUGUUUCUUUGGAAGUUGAUGACAAAUAUGUGAUUAUCUCAAUGGAAGGACCGAUGAGAUACCUCCCUCACAACCAUACCUCACAAGUUUCCAUGGCGACACUAUACCCCCACAUGACCUAUAACCUCUCUAUCCACAACACUCACACUGGAGUUAUUCGACACUUCACAUUGAGCAGUAAGCAGUUCAAGUAUCGCAUUGUGGAUCAAGGAAUCGAAUACUGUUUUUCUGCCAAAACUAAAAUAGAGGACAGGCAUAUGCCCUCCAAACAUCAUUCCUCUGCAUGUCACUGCAUUGCCACACCUAAAGUUCCACUCAUUGACCGACUUGAGAAAAUAAUUAUCUGCACAACGGUUUCAGUGGUGUUGUUAUGUUUGCUGGCAGUAGGCGGCUACGUCCUCCACAAAUACUUGUCGGGAACAGAUCAGAGGAGUCCUUACAUCCUGAACCCGACUUUCUACCCUCCACCGUUGCCAAUACCAUCUGAGAAUUUCAACAUAAUUGUCAUCCCAGUUAACACAUUUGCAUCUUCUGGGGGAACUUAUGCUUCCCAAAACUCCUUCCUGCAAACAUCGCCAUCAUCAGUCCAUCUUCCGUUACUGAGUAAACCAGUAGAAAAUCACCAUGGUUUAAGCCUGCAAAAAAAUUCAGAAACAGGGACCUUGCAAUUACAAUUCAGUCAAAAUGAGAGUUCAGAUGUUAUUGAAGGGGGAAGUGUAAUCAGCUCUACGGGUUAUGCUGCUCAAAGUCUCCGCCCAGAACAGCCAACUAAUCAAUUAGAUGACUUGCCAGAUGACUAUGGUGUUUUAGGAUUGUCUAGAGCAGAGGACACAGAAGAGGUUGGUUCUGAAGAACAGGAGGACGGAUUUCUUCAUCUUGACUGGAGUCCCAAAAGCAGGACAUUAAUAAUACCAGGUCUUGAUUUGGGGCUUGGACAGAGGGAUAGAGGAGGUCCACCUAAUUUGGAAACUGUAUUCGUGAGGCAGCCAUCAGAAGAUGAGGCACUGUUAGGAGCAGAGAGGAUCGGGAGUGGUCAAAGGGAGACAGGGGAUUUUUUGGCAAAGUGGAACCUCAUUGUGUCAGAUGACUAGCGUUAAAGACCCACAAUGAAAAAAAUUUUGCUGGGGGAUCUGCCAUAUGCUUGUCUUAUGGAGAUUAUGUUUUGCCUGGAAUGUUUCACAGUAUUGCAUUAAUCUUAUCUCUCUAGCAUGUAUUGGGCAUGUUUGUCUAGUGGUUGGUAGUUUAAUACCUUACUGUGGAACAUUACAGGCAAAGUGAUAACUUCUCAUGGACAACAAAAGUUACACUGUGUACCUAAAAUUAUGAAUUGCUAUGCAGUAAGACAUACUGUCUAUUCUCUUGUCUUUAGUUAUGCAAACAUCAAAGUGCCUUUAAAUGUAUCUUAUAUUUAUCGGUCUAUUCAUCAGUCUGGGUAAAAUUUAUUACAUUUGAACACAUCUUACCUCAUCUUAAUGUUAUCUAAAACUCAAGCACUCUAUAGGGCUGAAUGUAGAUUAUAUUUUUGUAUUUUAAUGCAGGAUAUUUUACCAAGUCAAUGACAUAUUCCCAAAUGAAGGACCAUCAUCUUUUUUGUUUAUUCUAUAUUUCAAAUACUGCAUUACAGUUUAUUUAAUUUUUGGUGUUUAUGUUGUAUGUUAUUUUUAUACAUUAUUUUUGGCUACAGUUAUGUGGUGUAAUCUGUGAAUUUUCUAAAUGAAGAUCAGGAGCACUUUAUUAUAAUUUAAUCCAAUAUUUACUUGCUAGCCAUUUGAAAAAAUGUAUUAUUAUCUACUUGUAAUUACUAGCUUUUUUUUGUUAAUUUUUUUGUGUAGAAUGUGCAUUUUGCCUUGUUACACAUCCAUUUACUCUGAAUUUAAUAUCCCAUGUUUCUUGUUUACUAUAAAUGAAUCAUCACAAUAUU